AUCUCCAUCGUCCAAUUAUAUCAAAACUCUCUUUCUCUACCAUAGCCAUUUUCAACGCCAAAUUAUUCUCACUAAGAAUAAACAAGUCUGCUCUCUUUCUCUCCGCCUUCUCAUAACCACCACAACCACCGGCAAUGGCCGCUCUCCAGAACACGCCGAUUUCACUUCAAUCCAAAAUCCCACCAUCUGCACGACUCUCAAAAACCCUUUCCUCUCAAAAACCUCUGAGCCUCUCCUUCUCUUCCACUUUCCCCUCUUUCAACCUCUCUUCCACCACCGCCCACCGCGCACGUGGAGGCGGUGCCACCGGAGCAAAAAUGUCAGCCACUGCGGCAGCAAGUUACGCGGCAGCUCUAGCAGACGUUGCGAAAUCAAACAACACUCUAGACUCAACCGCCGCCGACAUAGAAAAAAUCGAGAAGCUCUUCUCCGAUCCACAGGUGGUGGAUUUCUUCAGCAAUCCAACAAUCAGCGUGGAGAAGAAACGAGAAGUGGUAGACGAAAUCGCCAAGUCAUUAGCGCUGCAGCCACACACGGCAAAUUUCCUGAACAUCCUGAUUGACGCGAAACGCAUCGAUUUGGCAAAAGAAAUUGUAAAGGAAUUCGAACUGGUUUAUAACAAAAUAACCGAUACGGAGCUUGCGACUGUGACUUCGGUUGUGAAACUGGAGUCGCAGCACUUGGCGCAGAUAGCGAAGCAAGUGCAGAAACUGACAGGAGCUAAGAAUGUGAGGAUUAAGACUGUAAUUGAUCCAAGCUUGGUGGCUGGGUUUACCGUUAGAUUUGGAAGCUCAGGGUCUAAGCUGAUUGAUCUGAGUGUGAAGAAACAGUUGGAGGAAAUAGCUGCUCAGCUUGAAUUGGGUGAUAUUCAACUUGUAUGAUUCUUUUUUUUGUGUAAUGUGCUUUUUAUUUUAAAUAUAAUAUAAUGUCUCAAUUUUAUCAGAGAUUGUAUUUUGAGAUGCUUCAAUUUUUUGAUGUGACUGUAAUUUAUUAUA